AAACCAUCACAAGCUCUAGUUUUCCAGCUCUGCAGCACACAAGCUAGUUAAGCUCCUGCAACCUCCAAGAAACUAGGCAAUCGUUUCCUCCUCUGCUUCAGUAUCUCCCCUUCCAGCAGUAGCUAAGCUGCCAUAUGGCGACAAGCAGGCUUGCGCUCGUGUCCGUGUUUGCCGCAGCCGUCCUGCUGGGCAUGGCGUCGGCGGCGACCUACAACGUCGGCGAGCCGGCCGGGUCCUGGGACCUGCGUACCAACUACGGCACCUGGGUCUCCUCCAAGAGGUUCCACCCGGGUGACCAGACCGUGUUCAAGUACUCGCCCCAGGCGCACGACGUGGUGGAGGUGAACAAGGCGGACUACGACUCCUGCUCAAUCGCCAGCCCCGUCGCCACCCACAACUCCGGCAACGACGCCAUCGCCCUGGCCUCCCCCGGCACCCGCUACUUCAUCUGCGGCUUCCCUGGCCACUGCGACGCGGGCAUGAAGAUCCAGAUCAACGUCGUGCCCAGCGCCAACUCCCUCGGCCCCGCCAGCGCUCCUGCCGCCAACUCUCCCGUCUCUCCCCCGCCCAUGUCCGCGCCCUCUUCCGCCGCUACCAAGGCCACCGGUUUCGGCGCCCUUGCCGCCGUCAUGAUCGCCGCAGGCCUCAUGGCUUACUAGAUACUCUGUCGCUUGCUGCGUACAUUUAGUUUUCCUUAGAUAUUAUAUAUACGUUGUAUUGUAUUCUUUUGAGAGAUCAGAGUUCAGACGAAUGACAUGGCAUACAUGUAUCUACGUAAAGACAGAUGACUAGUUUAUACAUUAUUCAUAUUGUAUAUCAUUCAGGUUUCGCUCUUCGGUGUAUGUAUCGAUAUUCAUUCAGAUAGAUAGAGAUAGAGAUGAC